AUGCAGGCCAAUCUGAAGAAGUUCAUGGAGCUUAUACUCCACAAUCAGAUGGACAAAGUGUCAAAGAUGUUAGAGAGAGGCCUCGAUCCCAACUACCAUGACAGUGACACUGGUGAGAGCCCCUUGACCAUGACAGCACAUCUGGAUAAUGUGGUGGAGAUGAUAAAGGUUCUUAAGAAUGGAGGCGCUCACUUGGACUUCAGAGCCAAUGAUGGCAUGACAGCCCUCCAUAAAGCAGCACGUUCCAAGAACCAGGUUACACUCACGACACUGUUGGAGCUGGGGGCAUCUCCAGACUACAAGGACAGUCGUGGUCUGACUCCUCUGUACCACAGCGCAGUUGUGGGGGGAGACCCAGGUUGCGGUGAGCUUCUUUUGAACCAUCACGCCUCUGUGUGCUGCCAGGAUGAAAAUGGCUGGCAUGAAAUUCACCAGGCUUGCCGGCAUAGACAUGUACAACAUCUGUAGCAUCUUCUGUUCUAUGGAGCAGACAUGGGUGCUCAGAAUGCCUCAGGAAACACUGCCCUACACAUUUGUGCUCUAUAUAACCAGGAUAAUUGUGCCAAGGUGCUGCUUGUUCGUGGAGCUGAUAAAGAAGUUAGGAACUACAACAGCCAGAGUCCCUUUCAGGUUGCGUUUAUUGCUGGGAACUUUGAAUUUGCGGAAAUUAUCAAGAACCACAAAGAGACUGGUAUAGGUGAGUAAACUAAGAAAACCCUUCUCUGCCACCAGUGUGUAUUUCAGAAUCUCUUCUGGGAUACAUUACAAAUCCUCCAUGCCACGAUCUUUUUAAACGACCUCUUGAAAUAAUCUCCACUAUGGGAUUAGGAGAACCAAGAGGAUGAAAGUUUAUGUUUACACCAGGACAAUUCGAGACCGAUUAGGCUGAGAGAGAAGACCAAUGCCUUUGAUGCCUCGAUGGCAAGGAGUGUCCAUCAUGUGGGAAUUUGAUUGGUUGCUUUCUUGACAUGUUGAUGGAAAAGUGUGUGUAUAUUCGAUUCUCUGUGGAUGGA